UGUUUUCAACACUUCAACCUCCUCACACUUACAAGUCCAUGGCUUGUUUUCGUCACCGAAAAGGUGUUUGCAUCACUAGAGGUGGCUUCUAGAAGGCGGUGAUUGACAUGGCACCUACUCAUGGACCAGGCUAAGAUACAGCCUUUUCAGUGGUUCCCUCAUGGUACAUAUGCUACGGAGGUUUGAACAACCAGAUGCUAUAGGCUCACUUGGGUCACAUCAGCAUCUCGGUCUGAAAACUUUUUUCUCCGUAUGCUGGUUCAUGCCCCAGCUUACCAUUUUUGUCUCUGCUCGUGCUACAAUUCCUUUGUACCCCCAGUGCUUUAUUGCGAGUUACUGCAUUGCAUUGAUCUUAAUACGUAACAGCAGUAUGACUAGAUCCCCAAAAUAGAUACCAGCACAUGAGUAUCUUAGCCGCACACGAGUUCCUCUUAAAGGUAUAUGUAUG